AGCUGAGGAGUAUCUGCGGCUAUCCGAGGUGAAAUGCACGGGAUUAAUGGCUCAAAUGACAGCGACAAGCAGUGCUGUGAUGUGCCUGGACCUAGCAGCUAGUUUCAUGAAACAACCAGUUGACAAAAGCUAUUUUGUUAAACUCUCCGGUUUGAAUAAGACUACCUACCAGAGCUCCAUGAAGUCUUUGGAAUGUUUGCUAGAGGUGAACCCCAGACUGGGAAUGCGAGACUUGGCUGUGCAAUUCUGCUGCACGGAGGCAGUGAACACCGCUUCAAAAAUACUACAGAGGUAUGAAUCCAGCCUCUCUGAAGCACAGCAAACAGACCUUGAUUUCUCAAAACCACUUUUUAUAACAGCUGCACUAUUUACUGCAUGCAGGUGUUUGAAGCUUAAAGUGGACAAAACUAAAAUGUUGGCUACAUCUGGGGUGAAAAAAGCAAUAUUUGACCGGCUGUGCAAUCAGCUCGAGAAGAUGAGCCAGCAACUCAGCAAAGAUGUUCCACUGGCUGCAGAGACAUCUGAAAGCUUGCUGAACAACCUGGAACACUGUGAGAUGGAAGAUGAAUCUGAAGAUGAUGAAGAGAUGCCAUGUAAACGGCCAAAGACUGAAACAAAGCAAGACUAUGAAGAAUGGAAAAAGAAAAUCCUGGAAAACGCUGUGAAGGCACAAGAGAAAACUUUUUGUAGGCUCCAAAGCAGAAUGCACAGGACAUGGUCAAACAACCCAUUAAGGCUGCAGAGGUGGGUUCCAUUGUACUGCAGAACCAUGUGA